UCAUUUAGUUUAUGUUUUCUUUUGGUGUUGAUUGCAUAUUUGCACUGUUUACGAGUUAAAAUAUAAAUAAUAAUGGCCCAACCACGUAAUAUCCCACAAUCCAAAGAGGUUCUCUUGAAAUCGUAUAACAUUCGUUUGAAAGAAGACUGUAAAAUUAUGUUGGAAAACUAUUUUGAAAUCAUCAAAUUGGCCAAAGGAGAAAGUGACUCACAACUUUCUAAGGUCACCCAAUGUGAACAGGAUACGUACGAGAUGCAAGUACGGGCAGCAACCAUAGUCCGGGCCGGUGAAUCGUUGAUGAAACUUGUAUCCGAUAUCAAACAAUAUUUGAUUCUGAACGACUUCCAUUCGGUAAACGACGCAAUCACAGCCAAUUCGCAGCUAUUUCGUUCGACACAGUCAGAAUGUGACAAGAAGCUGAUGAAUUUACGUGAGGCAGCCGCCAUCGAUUUGUAUGACUUAGAAGAAGAAUAUUAUACUAGUGAAUUUAAAUGAACAUAUUAAAAGAAAUGAAUCUCAUUGUAAAUAGCUUAAUAUCAAUAAGAACUGGCGAAAAAUGAA